AUGAGCAGAGGGGAGCAUUUCCGGCUUAUAACUCUGCCUGUUUCUUGAUAUUUUGUGUAUUUAUUCCUGAACUCAUCGUCUCAAAAGUAACUUUAUCGCGGUUUCUUUGUCGGAAUAAAGACAACGGUGUCAGGACGUGACUGAAACAUGGAGACAGGAGGCCGGCUCGCUGCUCUCUCGUUACUUGUGUCCGCUGUGUUUUCUGCCGGUGUUUAUACUUUCAGCCCUGAUCAGAUCGACCCUCUGCUGUAUGAGGAGCAGCUGCUGUGGGUGAGCGGAGCCAUGGGGCAGGUGAACACCUACAGGAUCCCCCUCCUCACCUUCACCCCCAAAGGAAGCCUGCUGGCCUUCGCAGAGGCUAGAAAGUCAUCGGCCGCCGACAUAGGAGCAAAGUUCAUCGCAAUGCGGAGGUCCACAGACAAAGGAAACACCUGGUCCCCGACCGCCUUCAUAGUCGAUGAUGGGGCGCAGCGGGACGGCCUCAACCUGGGCUCGGUGGUGGUGGACGAGGAGGUGGGCUCAGUGAUUCUGGUCUACUCGGUCUGCUUCCACCUCUACAACUGCCAACCGUCCAGCACCAUGAUGGUGGAGAGCAGGGACGACGGCCUCAGCUGGAGCCAGCCCCGAAACCUGUCGGUCCAGCUCGGAGUGAAGAACUUUGCUCCUGGGCCGGGCUUCGGCAUCCAGAAGCGCUAUGAACCAGCUAAGGGGAGGUGGUGGUGUGGUCAUGGGACGCUGAUGGGAAACGGAGUCUUCUGCAUCCUGAGUGACGACCACGGGCAGAAAUGGUACAAUGGCGCCGCACUGAAGAGCAUCCCCUACAACCAGGAGAAGAAAGCACAGGACUUUGACCCUGACGAGUGCCAACCGGUUGAGAUGACGGACGGCAGCAUCGUCAUCAACGUGCGGAACCAGAACAACUACCACUGUCGGUGUCGCAUUGUGGUCCGCAGCAAUGACGGUGGAUUGUCGCUGCCGAUAGACGAUCUGUUCUUUGACUACGAGCUGAAGGAUCCGGCAGUCGCAGCUGGAGCUCUGCAGAAAGACGGCGUGCUCUUCUUCACCAACCCCUCCAAUGAGCACAGCAGAAUCAACAUGACCUUGCGUUGGUCGUUGAAUGAUGGCAAAACUUGGGAGAAAGAAGCUGUGCAGAUUUGGGCGGGGCCCAGCGGCUACUCCAGCAUCACGUCACUGGUCAGCGGCUCUCCAGAGGACCAGAAGUACAUCUACGUAAUCUACGAGAAGGGCCACAAAAACAGUGUCGAAACUGUCUCGUUUGCAAAGAUCCACCUGUAUGGCGGCCGGUAGAGCAUGUGAGACGCAGAUUUAAACGUUGGAAGGAAAGGGAAACAGGAAUCUGUUAUUUACUCCCACGACUUUCUCAGGAAAAAAUGAAACACUUUUUCACACUAUAAUAUGGACUAAGGGGGAUG